AAGCUAAGAACCGGAACAAACGGAAGCCGAGCUGGAUCUUAAAUCCGCUUUGAGAAAUGGCGGCCGCCGAAGAUACUAACACUACACAAAACCCCAGCGGUUCAGAGGCUCCGAAACUGUCGGAUUUACUGGACCGGGGCUGGAAGCUGUAUGAAGAGGUGGACUCCACAAACGAGCCGAGCAACUCCAACGCAGUUCAGGUGAAAGUGAAGCGCGGCAUCAUGCAGCUGGAGGAGGCGACGGGGAUGGUCAAUCAGCUCGACCUGUUCAGUCGUAAUGAGGCACUGGAGGAGAUCUCCACAGCCGACCUGAAGUACCUGUUGUUGCCGGCUCUUCUGGGAGCGCUCACCAUGAAACAGGUGAACCGCAGCAAGCGGCUGGAGCAUGUGCAGGCAGCCCGCGUCUACUUCAUGGACUUCCUCCAGAGAUGCAAGAACUAUGACAUAUGUAGUUUUCAGCUGCCCAAAACCAGUGAGAACACCGCAGAUACUCCUCCUGAGGAGCAGGUGAAUCCAUCAGCCCCCAUGCCAAUGUCACAGUCAGACCUCAUUGCCAUGGCAACACAGAGACAAGCCAAAAUUGAGAGGUUUAAUCAGCGUAAGGAGACAGAAGCUAAGCUGAGUGAGAUCAGGGGGCUGGUUGAAUCUGGUUCAGCCGAUGAAGAGGUGGUGAGAGAUUUUUACCUGCUGCAUGUGCGCAGGUGGGUCACCCUGGCCCUCGAGGAGAUCGAAUCUAUCAACCAGGAGAUUGAGAUUCUGAAACGGAUGGAGCUUUUCAAGCAGAGCAUGCCCCAGCCAUCUCCACCUAAAAGACCGCCUAUGAAGCCUUUUAUCCUGACUAAGGAUGCUGUGCAGGCAAAAGUGUUUGGUGCAGGCUAUCCCAGUCUUUCUACCAUGACAGUGGAUGAAUGGUAUGAGCAGCACCGGCGGCAAGGAUGUUUACCUGACCAGGGCAUCCCACGCAGUGCAGCAAAUGACGAUGCAGAGGAAGAUGAGAGAGCAGAAAGAGAGAGGAAGGAAGAGAAUGAUGAUGGAGAGGCACUGCAGAAGGCACGUGACUGGGACGACUGGAAGGAUACACACCGGAGAGGAUAUGGCAACCGCAAAAACAUGGGCUGAUCUGAUUUCACUCAAGCACACACAUGUAUGCGCAUCCCUUCAGUUCCCACAAAUAAACCUCCCAAUGCUGCCAAUAUGUGACAUGGACACAACAGAGAGUGGCGCUGUAGUGCUUAGUUAAAUUGGUUACUUAUAGUUUUUUUCUAAAUCGAGUUUGAGUAUUUGACAUUCUUUUAUAUGUCUCUAGAUAAAUCUUAAAUCUUGGUGAGUUUAAAUAAGACCAUAAACCCCUGAGCAUUUAUGGAGAUGGAUGUUUGGGCCUUUUUGCAUCAUUUCAUGUCACCUUUUCCUACAUGAAUAAAAUGUUGUCUUUUCAUGGAUGUUGUUUUGAGUGCAGCAUUUCUCCAGAAGUGUUCUCUGUACUGUCAGCAUUUAAAGUCUAAAUCAGUUGACUCAGAAGGACAUUAUCACACACAUAAUUACACCUCAUGUGCUGUUUGAUUUGAAGCCAUUUAAGACUGCAUGUCCGUUAAGUGUUAGCCAAUAUUUCUAGACCUCGUUGUUGGUUACAGAUGAGAUGCUUCAGUGAAGACGGUUCAGCAAGAGCAUUUAGCACCAAUAGCAGCACUUGAGUGGAUCUGGCAAUGUGGUUUAGAAUUGCUGAAGAAACCGUGUGGGACAUUGAAACAAACUGUCUAGACUGCCUUUUUUUCUGAAAUGUAUUUAUUAUCUGGCAAUGCUGCUUUUCUUUUGGAAAACUCUUUGUAAGGUCAACUUCCAGUUCUUCAGUAAACAUAAACAGCAUAACUAAUGGAGAGACUUUAAAUAAAUAAAACAUUUACAUGAAUUUA